GUUCAUGCAUGAAACACAAUCUAUAUCCUUUAAUUUGGUGAAAGAGAACUUAGCUUAAUCAUACCAAUUUUUAAGGAGUCAUGCAUGACACAGUUUUAUUGUAAAUUCGAUUAUUAUGCUCUUUCAAAAUAUGUUUCAUCAAAAAAUUAAAUAAAAAUAAUCUUUAAAAAAUAGAUACCCUAAUUAAGUCUAUUACACGUUUUUCAUUUGUUUUAUACUUCUAUAGCAAUAGUGAUUAGUGAAACUGAUUUGUAUCCUAAUCUUGUCAACUUCGAUAAUGAUUUUCGAACAUUUUCAUUAAAAUUUUGAAAACUUCCUUAAUCAAUGUAGCACAUAUAGUAGCUUACCAGUCUAAUAGUAAAAUGGAAAAAAUUACUCCAUAUACAGCUUCAAUUAUUAUUACUCCUAUAACAUGAAUUUUUUUCCCCAAUAAUAUUACAUUUUAGGAUGUUAUAAAUAUCCAUACAACUUGUACCUCCAAAAAAACAAAAAAAAAAGUCCACCCCUCUAAUUUAAAAAGCCUAUAUUAAAAAUAAAAUUGAAUAAUAAAAUCGUGUGGACCCGAAGAUGUCCUGAAAGCCAUUACUACUAAUAGCAUCUCUUCUCUUUCUUCCCCCAUUUGUAAGAGUACACAUGUUUUCUCUCAUUUCAUCUUCUUUACUAUAACCCUUUUCUCACUUCUCUACGUUUUUUUUUCCUAGGAAAGAAAACAAAGCAAAAAAAACAAAAACCCUAGGAAAAAAAAUAAUGGGUGAUAGCAUUUCAAGUUUCUUUGAUGAUCAAGAUUUGUGUGAUCCUACUUUUUCAGGGCUUCCGGCCUCACCGGAGGACCUCUUUAGCAUCUUUGAUGCCUUAGAGGGUUUAAAAGAGGCGGCGAUAACAGGUUCCGGUUCUGGUUCUGGUAGUGUAGAUGAAGAUACAACAAAAGGAGGUUUUAUGAUGUCGUUCCAAGACUUGUCUGAGACUGAGCUUGAUGCUCUUGAAGCCGAGUUAGGUGACAAUGAACAGCCCAAAAGUAAGAGAGCUAAGAUUGUAGCUUUAGAGGAGACUGAAACGGUAGGACAAGUAGGAGGUGAAGAUGGAAGUAAGAUAUCUCAUAUAACUGUGGAAAGGAAUCGUAGGAAGCAAAUGAAUGAGCAUCUUUCUGUCUUGCGUUCCCUCAUGCCUUGUUUCUAUGUCAAGAGAGGCGAUCAAGCAUCGAUAAUAGGCGGAGUAGUGGACUACAUAACCGAAUUACAACAACUUCUUCAAGCACUUGAAGCCAAGAAACAAAGAAAGGUUUACAAUGAAGUACUUAGUCCUAGAGUUGUUUCAAGUCCAAGACCUUCACCUCAAGUACUUAGCCCUAGAAAACCACCAUUAAGCCCUAGAAUUAACCUACCAAUUAGUCCAAGAACCCCUCAACCAGGAAGCCCUUAUAGACCAAGAAUGAAUAUUUCUUCAGCAAUGGGUAGUCCUAUCGACCUUUCGCCCUCAUCUUCAAGCUCUUCCAUUAACGAUUGUUUUCCUAAUGAGCUCGUAGCAAACUCGAGAUCUCCAAUGGCUGUGGUAGAAGUAAAGUUCUCCGGGCCAAAUCUUCUCCUUAAGACAGUUUCGCCUCGAAUCCCAGGACAAGUUGUGAAGAUUAUUUCGACCCUUGAAGAUCUCUCCUUUGAGAUUCUUCAUAUCAACAUUAUCACCGUUGAAGACACUAUGCUCAACUCGUUUACUAUCAAGAUUGGAAUUGAAUGCCAACUCAGUGCUGAAGAACUUGCUCACCAAAUCCAACAAACAUUCUGCUCUACUCCACUCAUUAAUUUUAAUUAAAUUUAAAACCUUCCUAUUUAAAUUAAUUAAAAUUACCAAUAUUCUCUAUGAAUUUCCACCCUAAUUAACUGUACUCAAGAAAAAAAAAAAAAUCCAAUUACAUACUGUAAUAAUUAAUAAUUAUGAGGGAAGGAAUUGCAUUUACUGCCAUAUAUUUUACUGAUCAUGUAACUGUAUUUUUAUUUUUAAUUUUAGUUUUAGUUUUUUUAAUUCUCUUUUUGGGGUACAAAUUGUAACUUUUUUUUUCCAUGAUUGUUUGUUCUCAUUUGUGUAACCCUUUUUUUUUUUUUUUUUUUUUUGAACGGCGUGUAAAUUUAUUUUUUUUAACCUUUGUAAUUUUAGACUUUUAGCUAUGGUACAGAUACCAUGUUUCUAUAGUUUUGAUCUUCAGCAAUGAACUUUAUCUAUUUCUUGGUACAUUUUCCGAUAUCUCUGUAUAUUUAUUUUAAUACUACUUCAUACGAGUAUUAGAUUAGAGUUUAAUUUAUGUUUCCAAUAGAGAAAUGUGCAAUAAUACAUCGAUAAGUUAAUUUUCCUAAGGUACCGAACAA